UGAACGGGACGACGACGCCAUGUUGAACGAAAACGGAAGCGAAGUGUUCUGCUGUUAAAAACAUACUUUGAAUUUUUGUCAAGAGAGUUCUUGAAGUGGAGACGGACACUUGAAAAUUCAAGAGUGACCCACAACGCAUUUGUGCCGGACUGGUCUUUUAUGUACGCGUGAGAAAGUGCUCAUCCUUCUCGUGGGACUCUUUGUAGUUCAACUUUGCACUGACAGUGUCAAAUCAGUUCACGGGGAGUUACAGAUCGGGACUUGAAGAUGCCCCUGGCACAGUUUGCGGACCCUUGGAGGAAGUUACCCGUGGGGCAUAUGGAAAACGAGGACGACUCCAUGGUCGAUGAUGAUGUUCCUGUUCAAGAUGAGGGCUCAGUCAAGGAAAUCAGCAUCACUCACCAUGUCAAGGAAGGCUCAGAGAAAGCAGACUCACGACAGUUUGAGCUCUGCAAGGUUCUGGGCCAGGGCUCUUUCGGAAAGGUAUUCCUUGUCAAGAAGAAAACUGGCCCAGAUUCAGGACAGCUCUAUGCUAUGAAAGUGUUGAAGAAAGCAACAUUGAAAGUACGAGAUCGAGUACGUACAAAGAUGGAGAGAGACAUCCUAGUCGAGGUCAACCAUCCAUUCAUUGUUAAACUGCACUAUGCAUUUCAGACUGAAGGUAAACUGUACCUGAUUCUGGAUUUUCUUAGAGGAGGAGAUCUUUUUACUCGCCUGUCCAAAGAGGUGAUGUUUACAGAAGAAGAUGUGAAGUUCUACCUUGCUGAGCUGGCUUUAGCUUUGGAUCAUUUACAUGGACUGGGAAUAAUCUACAGAGACCUCAAACCAGAAAAUAUCCUCUUGGAUGAAGAGGGACACAUUAAUCUUACAGAUUUUGGGUUGAGUAAAGAGUCCAUUGACCAUGAGAACAAGGCAUAUUCAUUCUGUGGUACAGUGGAGUAUAUGGCUCCAGAGGUUGUCAAUCGCAGAGGUCACACCCACAGUGCUGAUUGGUGGUCCUACGGCGUACUAAUGUUUGAAAUGCUGACCGGAAUACUUCCAUUUCAAGGGAAAGACCGCAAGGAGACCAUGACAAUGAUCUUAAAGGCUAAGUUGGGCAUGCCUCAGUUUCUCAGCUCCGAGGCCCAGUCCCUGCUCCGCAAUCUGUUCAAACGCAACCCUGGCAACCGCUUAGGAGCGGGGCCUGAUGGAGUAGAAGAGAUCAAGAGACAUUCAUUCUUUACUACCAUUGACUGGAAUAAAUUAUUUAGGAGGGAAGUUCAUCCUCCCUUUAAGCCAGCUAUCAGAAGGCCAGAUGACACGUUCUACUUUGACUCUGAGUUCACGGCCAAAACCCCACGAGACUCUCCAGGUGUUCCACCAAGUGCCAAUGCUCAUCAGCUUUUUAGAGGAUUUAGCUUUGUUGCCACGGGAGCAGAAGAAGAGAGCCAGCCACCCAUUCAGAGCAACAUCGACAUGAGUAGCAUACUCCAGCAACCCCACCGGAGUACACUUCAGUUCACAGAUGUAUAUGACAUCAAAGAAGACAUUGGUGUGGGCUCUUACUCCAUCUGCAAACGCUGUGUGCACAAGAGCACAGGCAUGGACUAUGCUGUUAAGAUUAUCAAUAAAGAUAGGAGGGAUCCAGCGGAGGAGGUUGAGAUUCUGCUGCGAUAUGGGCAACAUCCCAACAUCAUCACUCUGAAGGAUGUGUAUGAUGAUGGGCGAUCAGUGUAUCUGGUCACAGAGUUGAUGAAAGGUGGGGAAUUACUGGAUAAAAUUCUCAGGCAAAAGUUUUUCUCAGAGAGAGAGGCCAGUGCUGUCCUGCACACCAUUACAAAGACUGUUAAAUACCUACAUGUCCAAGGGGUAGUACACAGAGACUUGAAGCCCAGUAAUAUUCUCUACAUGGAUGAGUUGGGCAACCCAGAGUCCAUCAGGAUUUGUGAUUUUGGCUUCGCCAAACAACUCAGAGCAGAAAAUGGUCUGCUGAUGACACCAUGCUACACUGCUAACUUUGUUGCACCUGAGGUCCUGAAGAAGCAAGGCUAUGAUGCAGCGUGUGAUAUCUGGAGUCUGGGAGUUCUCCUUUAUACCAUGCUCACAGGGUUUACUCCAUUUGCUAAUGGCCCAGAAGAUACACCGGAGGAGAUUCUGGCUCGGAUUGGUAGUGGGAAAUUCUCCCUGACUGGUGGAUACUGGAAUUCUGUAUCACAUGAGGCCAAGGACCUGGUAUCAAAGAUGCUUCAUGUUGACCCUCAUCAGAGAUUGACUGCUGCACAGGUUCUUCAUCACCCAUGGAUUAUCAACAAGGACCAGCUGCCAAAAUACCAACUCAACCGCCAGGACGCGCCUCAUCUUGUGAAGGGUGCGAUGGCAGCCACUUAUUCAGCUCUAAACAGAAAUGUCCCACCUGUACUGGACCAAGUGGGUUGCUCCACACUAGCUCAGCGCCGUGGUGUCAAAAAGCUGACCUCCACCGCUCUCUGACCUGUCAAGUCUAACCUCAAACUACAAAAGGCACAUAAGUUUGUGAGUCCUGCUACCAUCAACUUGGAAUGACAGUCCAAAACAAAAAAACAGCACACAUUUGUUCAGCUCUUGUAAUUCAUCAUUGUUGCAUAACUAUGUAGAAUAUUAAACAAAGAUCUUAGGAUAUUAAGCCUAUGUAAAACUGUUUUAUCAAUGUGCUAUAGAAAUGUACUUCUUAUGGGAUUGCAUAUGUAAAAGUAUUUCUGUAAGUCUCUGUUGGGAAAUAAUAAUUUAUUAUGUUGAGAGCCUGAGAUACCCAGUUUGUUUUCUGUAUUUUAUUGACGAUGCAAUGUCUAGAGACGACAUGAAGCCAUAAUAUUGCCACCAAUUGAUGACCAAUCAUAGCUCUGCCCACCCUCUUCAAGACAGACCUCAAAUGCUGAAACAAUUUACUAGAAUGCCUCUCUUUUAUAACUAAAGAUCUAUCAAUCAUUAAUAUCACUCUAUGCAACUUCAAAUGGUGUCCUAACAUACCACACUGUUGAAACCAUUUGUGUAAAAUCAAAGAAAACUAUGCAAUUACAAUUACAGUCCUCAGUGUAUGUGUCUAGACAUGUUGAGUGAAUGACAAACCAAGUAUUUUAUAUUAAUAUAGUGUUAUGGUAAGGCAAAGUUGACCAGAUAACACCCUUUGCCAUGCACAUUGUUUGAGAAUGUCUUAAAGGGCAUUUGAUGUACCAAAAAAGAAGAAUUCCAUAUAGUUACCUCCAGCAGCCCAGUAUACUUAAACUAACAUCUGUUCCUGUGAAUUAAUAUGAGACCAUUUGUAUAUCUCUUACUGAAUAUGUUAAAGAUACGUGGGAGCUGGCAGUUUUUACCUGGAAUGACCAACAGCUAUCUGAUUCCAAAUACUUCGUAACACUCCUCUUUCAUAUUUCUUUGUUUAUUCUCUCGAUUAAAUAAAAGGGAAAUGCAUUAGUUGUAUUAAUCAAGGUUGUUUUUCAACUAUAUUUUUUACAGACUAUUCAGAAUGUAUUAUUUUUGUACUAGCUGAUGAACUGUUGUCUAUGUUAACGAAUAUCUGUGUAUGUGAGGCCACAGUUUGAUGAGACUCAGGCAUUCUCAUUUCAUGCUGGAGUUUUUUUUAUUUGUAUUAAUGUGUCGUUUUUUAUAGCUACUGCUGUAAUGUAACAAUCACAAUGGAAGUGAGAAAUACGUCAUGUUUGUGCUCUCUUCUGGCCUCUGUAAUGUCCCAACACUGGCCAUAUUUAAAAAGAAAUCUCAAGCUGUUUAUUCCUGUGGUGCAAAAUCAAAUUAAACUUAACCAAAAUAACAAAUCGUUUGCAGUACAAUUUUGUAUUAUCUUUUUAUAUGUAAAAUUAAAUGAUGCAACCGGAUAGAAACUUUGGAAAUAUUUUUUUUUUUAAAUGGUCUCUGGGAAAUUGUAUUUUGAGUCUU